AUGGCUUACGCUGCAGCAGCUUAUGUCGAGCCAGAAUAUGAGCCAGCAGCGAAGCAGCAGCAGCAGCCGCAGCAGCAGCAGCAGCAGCAGGUUCCCUACUACGAAGUGCCGGCCCAAAGAGACGGCGAGAGCUCCACGUGGAAGCAGCAGGAGCAGCAGCAGCAGCAGCAGCAGGACAUCCCUGAGGAGGGAGGGUACUAUGACCCUUUUGAAGCUGAGGUGCAGCAGCAGCAGCAGCAGCGGCAAGUUCCUGCUGCUGUUGCUGCUGCUGCUGCUGGUACCUCAGCGGCCUACGGAGACAUGGACUCUUUGCUGCACGCGGAGUGUCCGGCGUUUGCUGCGCGGCUGGUGCAGCAGCAGCAGCAGCAAGACCUGCUGCUGCUGCCAGUGUGGGCAGAAGCUUUGCUGGGCAGCAGCAGCAUUUGGUAUUUAAUUAAAGACGGAGCCACGGGGCUGCUGCAUGCAGCAAAGUACGACGGUGGGUUUCGGAAAAAACGAGAAAAAGUGGAAUUUCGCGGACUUUUCGCGAUUGCUUCGCCAGAUUUAAUCCAUUAA